CCAUAAGAAUGAGUUAAUAAUGAAUGGGAAGAACAUUAUAAACUUGUAGAGCUUAGCUUAGGGAGUCGAGGAAGUCAAGUCAAGAGGUAAAAGCCAAUGGACCAGAUAAUCAUAACCUGCUUCGAGUACGAUACUUACCGGAGCUGAACAUGAGGCGCCUGCCGUCGUGGGGAGCGCCGAUCUUGCGAAACCGGCGAGGCGGCGGGCUGGGAUUCGCCGCCAUAGCGUACAUCGGAGUGGAUUACCUCCGCUUCAUCUCGCCGCCUUUGCACGCGUCGGUUCAACCUGUGCUAUGGACCGCCCUGGCAAUCGCCGCCGUCGUCCGCGUCCCCUUCUACAAGCACUGGUCCGCCGAGCUGCGCUCCGCGCUUCCUUUCGUCUUCUCUAUGCUCUUCUUACUCUCCGCCCUCCUCAUUGAAGCCAUUUCCGUCCGUUCCGUCACCGCCGUGCUCGGCCUCGAUUGGCACAAAGAAACAUCGCCUCUUCCUGAUACAGGCCAGUGGUUGCUUCUGGCAUUGAAUGAGAAGCUUCCACAAGUAAUGGUUGAUAUAUUGAGAGCUCGUAUCAUUGGAUUGCAUCAUUUUCUUAUGCUGUUUAUAAUGCUUGCCUUUUCUGUACUAUUCGAAUCCGUUGAAGCUCCGGGUCUUGGUCUUGGGGCGAGAUACAUGUUCACCAUGGGUGUUGGCCGUCUUCUUCGGACCAUUACAUUCGUGUCUACCAUUCUUCCAUCUGCAAGACCUUGGUGCGCAGAAUCUCGGUUUCUUGUCCCUCAUCAUCCUCACCGCUGGGCUCAAAAGUUUUAUGUUCCCUAUGCCAAAGAUUCUCAAGCUAUACGCCAAGUGAUUAGCUGGGAUACUGCAUACGCUGACACUGGGGAUUACAAAAUGGAGUUCCGACCUGAUUGGGGGUCAAUGAGCUUUCUUAUUAAUUUCUUACGUCCUACUGCUGAGGAGGGAUCAUCUUCAUGGUACCUUCUGUUGAAGAAAGCUGGAGGUGGUUGUAAUGACCUCAUAUAUAGUGGCCACAUGCUUGUUGCGGUACUGACAGCUAUGGCAUGGACGGAAGCAUAUGGUGGAUAUAGCUCUGCAUUUGUAUGGAUACUCUUGCUGCACAGCGCUCAGAGAGAAAUAAGGGAACGGCACCAUUACAGUGUGGAUGUGAUUGUGGCCAUCUACAUGGGCAUUUGUCUAUGGAAGAUGAUAGGCCUAUUCUGGCCAGUCAAAGACGAAUCAAAAGACAGGAGGCUGGUCAAGCUAGAGAAGAUACACGGUGGGCUAACGCAAGCUGCCAAGGACUACGACAUCGAUAAAGUCAGAUUGCUCCUUGAAGAAGUAGAGACGAGCGGGCCCACUAGCCAAAAACCCCAUAGCAAAACACUGUGGGUUUUCUCUGGCGUGACCAUUGUCUUCACGCUGGCCAUAGUUCUUCUCGCCUUCACACUGACUAGCGACGGUUGAUUUUAUCUUUCACCUGACUUUUUUUUUGGUCGUGCAGCGCACAGAGGAAGUUGUACAAGUGUCUGGAAUUUUGGUAACUUUGUUUUGGAGGAUCAUGAGUUGUAUGGUAUGAGAAUACUCUUUUAUGGCUAUCUGAUAGAAUUUAGGAUGGGAUAUGGAUAACUGGAUUCGGUAAUAAGACACUUGGGUUGAA